AUGGGGUUCGUUCGUGGGACACUCACAUCUCGAAACUGCUUAGUAUUGUUCUGGUCUCUGCGUUUGCGUCUCGCUGUGGAGAUGUCGCUCGGUCAGAGCUGUAUAAGGGUAUGGAAGCUCUUACUUUUGCGGACCUUACCAUCAAGUAUCACGGAGGUACAGAGAUGCGACACCUCACAAUGCAGGCCUGUCUACGCUUCGUCAAAGGUUUUAAGUACGUCAAUCCGACGCCGUCCGAGUUUGGAGAGAGAAGAGAUGUCGUCGCUAACGUCUUGUAGGGAUCUGAAAAACGAGGACCGAUACGUCACCGUCGACGUUCUGGAAAAUGAUAACCACAACAGCGUGUGCGCUGUAAAGUUGCUCGUCAUACACGCCCUACGCAUCGGCGCCGUGUCUGCCAAUUCCUGGACAGCUCUACGAGCACAAAUCCUCAGUCGUGCUGACCAGACAUUGCAAUGGGUCACUCCGAACAAACCCGUUGUCGCAGCCAUUGUCCCUGGACAUUGCUCGUUCCUGGACGUCAACAAACCUGCAACCACUUCUCAAAUGCGAUCGACUAUCCACGCAAUGAGCUUGAAAGCCAGGGUCGCCGUUUCGAUGACUCCACACGAUCUCCGGCGAGGUGCUGUGGCCGAUCUAGCCCACCUUCCAGCCGGCUCUCUCAAUGGCAACGCUACUGCUGAUGUUGCGAUGCACGUCGGACAUAAGAUGACGACGUUUAAGAGAGACGUGACUACCGCAUAUGCUGGCCCGUCUGAUAUUUCGACAUGGAAUUUGCGAGCGCAGAGUACGUGGGUAGAUAGGUGCGCGCCGCGAGUUGCUGCUACUCCUUUCAUUCCCACGCCGAUGACAAAGGAGGAUGUUUCUGCUUAUGCUGAAGCUCGGGGACUCGAUGCUUCUGAUCGACUGGUGAUCAACAACGCUCGCAAACACGUCAGGAAGCAACAAGAAGCAGCUUGGAGAGAAAUGGCGAGGAACGAGCCUGCAAACACCGUCUCCUCUACCGAAAUACCAAACAUUCGUCGAGUUCUUGGGCCUGCCGCCUCUGCUAAAGUCAACGCCGCAUUGGGUCCAAAAGCAGUCGAUAUUCCGAUCGAUCCGCAGGUGCUCGGAACGUCGAAGACGACCGUCGCCAGCGUCUCAGCCGACGAAUCGGUAGCGUCGAUUCCCACAGAAUCAAGCUCCGAUGACAUCUCUAUGGAGUUGACCGAUGAGCAGUCCGAGAACGCUCAAUUCAUUUUGCAGGUCUUGACAGGCACGCAGGUAGAGUCCGAGGCGGUGCCUGAUGAGUCUGACGAAGCGCAACAAGAACAGUUACUUGAGGCGCUGGAAGACCUUAACCUCGGCGCCAAUGACCCCCCUCAUCCGAUCUUUUGCUCGCCGGAGAAAUUUAUCGAAAAUUUCUCCAAGAUCAACAUCAUUCGGAACACCGCCGCCGGCAAUCUCGGCAAAGAGAAGUUUGCGAAGCAGAUGGGAACCUUUGUCGCUCAAGGUUGCAGCAGAGAUGCACCCACGCAAUAUAUCUACUACUGCGCAAACGACACCUGGGGCUGCAGCUUUCAGACCACAUACAAGGAGAGCUUCGAUUACCACGCUCUAUCGUGCAAGAUCUCUCAAGACAAUCCAGUUGAGCCGGAGAUCUACAAAUGUCGCAAAGCGAAUUGCGACGCCAGGUUCAAGACCAACGGCGUUCGGAUUAUGCACGAGUUAAACCAUGACUUCAAAGCCAGGGAGUGUCAUCUUGGAUGCACGGAUAAGAAGUUGUUCACGACCAAUCAGCAAUGGGCAGUGCAUAAGAGUCGUUACCAUGAUACCGAAUGGGACACUUCUAUGACCUGCCAGGUUCCACAGUGCUCUCGUACAAGCUUCCCGAACAGAGAUGCCUACAGCAAACACUUAGCAGCAACUCACAAGCUUCGCGGUGCAGAUCUGAAGCAGUAUGUCCCCCAGAGAACGCACAGGGAUCCUGUCUUUGGUAAACGUUCUUGUCCAUUCCCAGACUGCGCACGAGCAGCUCCAGGGAAAGAGUUUGAGGCGAAGAAGAAGUUGGAAGGACAUCUACGAAGUAAGAUAGGAGGCCACGAGUGUACGGACGAUGAGAUUGAAAAACUCAUCAGUGACAUGUUGGCAUCGGGCAGACAGCUUUAA